AGAAUCAGUUUAUCUUUUCGCUGGACAGAUGUUGGUUUCCGUAUAAAUAUGGAAGCAUUCGUCAGGUGGCCAUCAGUCAACUACUAGAAAUAUUACUGAAGUCAUCUUCGUCUAGGUUAUCAAAAAAAUAGAACCAUCUGCAAAAUGAUUAAGAUUUUUUGCCUGAUCGUUAUCCUUGCAGUGGCAGUAGCCCAACCAAUGGAAGCAAACAAAAACACCAAACGAGCCAUUAACGGAGCACGCUUAGGAGAUGCCAUGGAUGAUUUGGAAAAGGCAGAAACUUUUGGAUAUGGUUAUAAUCAUAAUUAUUACGUCGUGCCCCGAUCAUCAUAUGGUAACUAUUAUGGAGGAUACUACCCGUACCAUGGGUAUGAUUACGGGUAUCCAUCAUAUGGAUACAAUCUUGGACACAAUUUCGGACACAAUUACGGAUAUUACUAAUGUGAUGAGUGACCAGUGAAAUACCAAAAAGAAGCUGAAUCAACAAAACUGUUCGUGUUAUCAACUUUGUACCUGGGUGAUCAUUAAAAUGAAAGAUGUGAUUUUUAAACGUUAGCGUACUGUACAUGUUAUUUUUCUAGUUUGAAAACGACAAAUUGUAAUGCUAACUGGAUUAAUCUCAAAAUAAAUCAUUCGGAUGUGGUUACGAAAACUCUAAUACCGAAAACUCUAAUGAUUCUUAAAUCAGUGUUGAUUUCUAUCGAUGUAAAUAACAAUUAGCAAUGUACACAAAUUUCAAUAAAAAAAAUAAUCGAAAA